AUGCAUCAGCAUCCACGAUCACCGCUGCCCUCACGGCAGCCUAAUCAGCGCCAACCAGGCCCUGCUAGGGACGAUGCCCCUAGAGAUCAGGACGACGAUAGGCCGCCCACAGGAACUGCAUUGGACACCACAAGAGGCCUGGGUAUUGAUUCUGGUGUCGAGGCCGUCGCUCCCGCAAAGGAAGCCAUAACGAGGCUUAAUCAGAUCAUAUUUAAUUACCAUACGAAAGCCGCCUUGAUUAUAUUACGCGCACGAGUUGACCUUCCACCGCUUUUCAGCAAAGGAUCGGACAAGCCAAAAGUCAACCGCUGGUUCAACAUUGAUAUCGACGAAACCGACGAAUAUCGAGAAAGCAUCCGAAAAUGGAAAACAUGCGAUGCUAUCGACAAUCGGCCGCCGCCAAUGGUGAUCGAAACAUACCUGGAUGCCAAACCGUUGACGAACAGCCAAACCUUGGUUCUCAUAGACGAGAACGGAAAGCGCUGGGAUGUAUUGGAAGCUCUGGCCGCCUCGCAAGAUCCCGGGGUGAUGUCAAGACCAAAAGAAGUCAUUCUAGAGAGGUGGAGAGUAGAGCUAGGCGAAUCAUCGUCAAAACUACCGUCGGAUUUGGGUGUCAUCUUACCAGCGGUCUAUAAAAAGAGUAUCGUUCUCUUCCGGUCUUUACAUGCAUAUUCAAGAUUCCUCCCAGCCUGGAAGGUGAUCAAGCGACCUGGUAUUAUGAGGAACAAUCCUGUGCUACAAAUUCGAUAUCGAAUUCGCGAAGCCCGAGAUGAAGAUCGUCUGUCCACUCUCGAUAACCUAAGUAUCCCCUUGCAAACAGGAAACGAAAAGAUUGUCGAUACGUAUUCCUUUGGCGCCACCGAUUCACCUGCUGGGCCCUUCUCGAUUCAAGUGACCUACCGUCGCCAUGUUGAUUUCAGGGUUGAUGACUCCGAAGCUCUCUUGAGUUCUCGGUUUAUGGGUGCUGAUGACACCUAUUUCCUGCCUUCGUUGCCGUCUGAAGAAGCCAAUAAACCACUUGCACAAGGAUCUCUGCCUAUUGCUGGUCGGGGCUUGGGGCAGCCAGAUCGUACUCAGGCUUAUGGAAGUCUCUCAACCUUUCAUCAAGUAGGCCCGACGACCGGCGCCAGCCCCAUAUCGACCUUGCGGGCAGCUCGCGAUCUAGGCAACCCAUCCCCGUCUUCGAUGUCUCCUCCCCGAAGACUCCUUCCCGCAGCCAAAGUUGGGCAAGGAGGCCGUACCGCCGCCUUGGCCAACGAAAGUAGUUUGAGCAUGGCCAGACGACCAUCGGUAUCAUUUCAUCCUUUUAAAGCUCCACCGUUGUCUGCAUCACCAUCUUUAGUGGAUCCUCCCCUGGGCGCAUCGCCGCGUACAACGACGGGCCGUGUUAAUACGACGCCAGGGAGUGUGAACGACCCAAGAGCGAUGCCUCCACCAGCUGUACCAGCCUCUGCAGGACGGCUACCAGCCUCAGAACAAGCUAUAUCAUCGUCAGCAUCCAGCUCUCCGAGACCUGCCCCUACAUCAAAAUACAGUAGUUCCUUCAGUCAUCGACGGGGGAGGUUAUCUUCUGGUGGCAACGUACGUAUAGACGAAGACAAUACAUCGAGCGGAAAAGCCAGUGCAACUUCUUCCAAUGCCCAGCCUGGAUCUGGGAUUUUGGCCGAACCAGCAGGCAACAGUGGAGAAUCUCUCCAGACCGAUGAUGAAAACAUAUCCGAUUUCCUCAAGCUCUUGGACUUAAGAAAAGAUCUCUUGAAUCCUGUCAAAGCUGCUGCCGUGGAUGCUGCAACUCGCAGAACAUCUGCUGCUCUCACUCGAUUCCAGAAAAUGCGAGACUCAAAUGCUGCUCUAUCCGAUUCCAUGUCGUCUUCCCUGCUAAUGCAACGCUCAUCAGCAUCGUCUAGUCGACAAUUGUCCAGUAUCCCACCAAUGGUUGCUGGUACAUCCAUCUCCACGGCUUCAUCUCCAGGAAAACCCAUUUCACCACAUACACCUCAUACACCUGCGAUUCCCUCUCGUUUAAGCUCGAAUAGUAUUGUCAGUUACAAUGACCGGGAACGAGACUCGCCCUUGCGACAGGCAGGUGCCGAACAAGACUCUCAGACUGAAGAGAGCACAAGCUACGACACAGCACACCGUUCCAAUCGUCCAGGUGCAAUUGACAUUCCCAAAUCUCCGAGACCCUUGGGUCCCAGCUACCGACGUUCGAGCUCCGCUGCUCAAAAUCGUCGAAUUAGCACGGGUGGUGGUGGUGGUGAUGAGGAAGAAAUAUUUCCUUUUGCAAUGAGAAGUGUGUCUCUAGGCGCAGAAGAGCGGGCUAGUCUGAGCCUGAGUACUCGGUUACGCCAACAAGAUAAUGUCGAUGCAGGGGAUACCACCGGUCAACGAAGCUCAGAAGCAGCGCCACCAACCGACGAAGGAGCUAACAAUGCUCUGCAAACACCGAGCCCUGCCCGAGACUUUGGUUCUCAGCGUGGAGCUUUCGUGCCCGGCGCGGCGUCAUCAAACCACCCAUAUCAGACUCCCUUGUCGCACAGUCGUGGACGAGGCUCGUCUGCGGGGCCACAAUCACAUAGUUCUGCCUCCGGAAGCCUGUCACGUGGAAGUGCAAUUCCGUCACACUUGGCAGAACGUGAGCGUGACCGUGACCCGAGUGCUAGUGGAAGCAAUAGUGGAAACUCAAUGAUGGAUAUUCGACGCGGAGCAGCCCAACGAUCCGGCCCUGGAAGAUCGACAGCACAGCAUGCCAUGAACUCUGAAGAGGAUGAGCCGCUUUUAUUUGCGAUGAGUGAUUUCCAUUCAUCGAGAAGAAGUCUUGAAGAAAGUCGACGGGGCAGCGUUGGUGGUGAAUCGAGUGCAAACUCUGGAGGAUCCAGACGCGGUAGCGGAAGACGAGGUGCUGGCAUGCCAAGUUUCCAUGCAUGGCAAUAA